UGAGUGGUUGCCAUAGGAAUUCAAACAGUUGAUAGAUUUCAUGGAGUAGAAUGCAGCAAAUUUCAUUUAUUUUGGGAAGGUGGAUGUAGCAAGGCAAGCGGGGAGUUUGGUGUUCCUCAUUUUGUUAGGUAGCUUAGCUAUCUGCUAUCUAACAACAUAUUUAACAAUCUUCGCGGAAUACGAUAUGAACCGAUAUCUAACCGACACGUUCUCUCAUUACGAAAAGUGUUCGGCAGAAGUUGGUCAGAAAAGUUGCAGUUAAAUAACGAAGCAAGUAGGCUAACUCUGGAUAGCUUUCGUUGCUGCCUGGACUUCACUUAACGUGGGCUGCUGCUGCUGCUUUUGAUCGUCGAAAUGGGAACCAUGAAAGAGCGCUACUCCGCCGUCUGUUCAGAGCUUCAGCUGCCCAUCAAUCCGUACGUUUUGCAAGUGCUGGAAGAAGCAGACGGACAGACAGGGGAGGUCGUGCUCAGACUGACAGGGGACAGCAGGCUGCCGCCGGUUCAAAAGCUGACCGAUGACGACGUGCUUGCGCUGUCCGGAACCCUCCGCAAUGACGCGUCUGUGAAAGCCCUGGAUUUGAGAUACAACAACAUCACAGACGACGGAGCCAAGCACCUCGCCGCCCUCCUCCAGGAGAACGUGUCCCUUCGGUCUCUGAGUCUCAUGGCCAACGACAUAAAAGCUGACGGAGCCAUAGCCAUUGCCAAGUGUCUACACCUGAACACGACGUUGAAAACGUUAAGGAUGACGGGGAAUAAGCUGGGCUUUAGAGGCACCAUGCACUUGGCCACGAUGCUGCAGAUGAAUUCCACUUUAGAGGAGCUGGAUGUCUCAGACUGUGAUCUGGUCACGCAGAGUGUAAUUGGCUACGCUAUAGUCCUGAGCAGCAACAACUGCAUCCGGGCCAUUGACCUCAGUCGACCCCUGCUCUUCAGUCAUCAGGAGGAGACAGCAGUGCAUUUCGCUCAGAUGCUGAAGGUGAACGAGGGCCUUCAGGAGCUGCACCUGGGGAAGCAUGGCAUGACGGACUCGGGCGUGGAGAGACUGUGCGAGGCGCUGAGGGCCAACGUCACCCUCCGCUACCUGGACCUUCGCUGCAACAGGAUUGCACGGGACGGGGCCCGGCGUCUCGCGGAGCUGCUGAGGCAGAAUUCCGCCAUCCAGAUACUGGACCUGUCCUGCAACCGAAUAGAGGACGAGGGAGCGGCACACCUCGCCGAAGCCAUCUCCCUGCACAACGGCAGCCUGAGAGCGCUCUCCAUACCCAGCAACAGCAUCGGAGCACUGGGGCUGGUGUCACUGGCCAAGGCCAUGGAGGUCAGCUCCUCCCUCUCCCACAUAUACAUCUGGGGCAAUAAGCUGGAGGAGCCGGCGUGCGUGGCGUUCGCCAGCCUCAUUAAAAGCGGCCGCUUGCGUGAGGAGCACACCGACGUGUCCCCUUACGAGGUGGACGGCGGCGUGCAUCUGGCGGUCUCCCACGGCCUUCGGAGGCACUACUACUGGACGCCCAGCAGAGGGCAGCAGUGUGACAUGGCCUGCAACUCAUCGCUGGCUUUGAUAGGCACUCCGGAAAGCGACACCCCUCUCCUCUACUGA